CCAGUAUACUGAAUAGAGGGAGCGUGUGAGUAUACUGAUGCGAGCAGUAGACAUCACAUUAAUGCUGCAAAGAAAAGGGCUGUAGAAGGCAAAAAACGUUUGGAUACUUCUCAAGACAGCUUGCAAGACAUUGACAAUGCACUUGUGACUAGGCCGGCAACCUGCCAUGACAAGGUUGUAUCUUGGGUACUUGCUGUAGGACGCUUCUGCUUGGAAAAUAUAAAAGAGUUUGUCUUCAGCGGAGUGCCUACACACGUAAUCCGCAGCGUUGUUCAAGUUUUGGGAGGAUGUUACGUGGAAAAACAUCUUUCACGACCGCAAACAAGUAAAAAGAGGCAGAAAACAGCUAUAGAGCAACAGAAAAAAACCAUUGAAGUUGUUGAUGUUCCUGAAGAGUAUGACGAACUCUUUGGGAUAUAUGUCGAAACAAUAAAAACAGAGUUUGACAUGUUAGAUAUCAUGACUAACAAUGUAGCAUCUAUGCUCCUGCAAGCCUUGAUUAUGAUAUUGCAAUUAAAGAAUCCAAAAUUGCUAUCUAGAUUUGUGAAGCACAUUGCCAGUGCUGUUUUCUCUCAGUCACCAAGUGAUGAAAGGUCAUUACCGCCUGCAUUUAUGGACCCAAGUGCCUCAUUCACUGUGGAGGAACUGCUCAAGCGUUGCUCUGCCAAGUCUUUUACUAAAUUAUGGGACGACUACAUUUCGGGUAUCCUGCUUCGGAUGUCACUUCAUCCUGUAUCUACAUUUUGUGCACAGCGUGUUGUGGAGUGUGCUACAUCAUCUGAGCAGUUUCAAGAAAUGUAUGAAGAAUUGGAGCCAGGAUUUGAUGCCCUCUUGGAUCAUCAACAAAUGUCAAUGCUGGUGUGCAUUGCUGCUGCCUGCAAAACUCACUCUGUGAACCAGGCAAGGUUUGUCACGGCAUUGAUGAAAACUCUGCAUUGUGCGGAUCCAGAGGACCGGCAAACCUUUCUGACACCUCUCAUUCUAUAUAUGAAAAGAUAUGAAGAGUUUGACAAGGCACAGCUAGGAACAGCAGUAGUCUACCAGGGGAGCCUGCUAUUACAGCAUUUACUUAGUUUUGGCAAGACUCGACAGGUUUCACAAAGUCUAUUGAGUAUGGGCUCUGAAGCUUUGAAAGGAAUUGCCUGUUGUCCAUGUGGCUCCCAUGUUCUGGAUGCAUUUGUGCAAAGUGACCAUGUGAAGAAAACAAGCAAGGAAGAACUUGUUAGAAUGCUUAAAGGUCACUAUGGAAGCCUUGCAGUGGACAAGUAUGGCAGUUGUUUUGUCAUGAAUUUAUGGGACGUUGCAAACUUAGCACAAAAAACAGAAAUUGCAAAAGAACUUUCUGACAAGGAGAGUGUCCUUGGAGCCUCAAUGCAUGGGAAGUUAGUCUCCAAGAAGCUUUGCCUUCAUCACUUCAUCCAUCGCCGGAAUGAUUGGGCUGAACUGCAGAAGAGUAACAAAAAGACAUCUCUUCUUUUCCAAGACAUUCUCAAAGAGAAAUAAAGUCGUUCAUAAUUAAA